AUGUAUUCGAUCGCCGAGCGCGCCGCCAGCGACCGCACCCUCGGGGCAGCUCCGGACAUGGACCGGCGAAGCGACCGGGACUCCGACUCCACAGGUCUCGAAAAGCCACAAUAUGCCCCCGUCACCGCUGCGCCCACUGGGCACGACAACGGGCCACAUCGCCGGUCCCACUCCUUUAGCUCGUCCCGCAGCCGGGCCAAGUCAGCCUCCGGAUCGAGACGGGAGAGCGUCGACCCGGACCUCGAUAUCAACCUGCCCUACCGCACCCUCAGCAACAACGCCGACAUGACCGAGUACCGCACCGAGACGGAAGCCGGCGCUAUCGAAGGACCCGUUAUCCCGCCCGCCGAGGGGAGGCGACGAGCAGCAUUAUCAGCUGACGACGUUUACGCCGGGGACCCGGAGAAUCCCAAGAACUGGUCCAAGGCGCGCAAGUGGUACUGCACCAUGGUGGUUGCUGUGACGUGCUUCGUGGUGACGUUUGCUUCGAGCAACGUCUCGGCCGAUAUGACGGGAGUCAUGGAGGAGUUCGACUACGCUUCGAUCCCCAUCCCCAAGCCUUCACUAUUGACAGUCAUCUUUAUCAUUCCUUGUGCGGUAGCUCAAAACAUCGAAACCCUGCUCAUCUGUCGCUUCAUUGGCGGAGUCAUGUUCUCCGCUCCGAUGACGUUGGUGGGAGGCACUCUAGCGGACAUGUGGCGCAACGAGGAGCGAGGCGUUCCCAUGUCCGCGUUUUCAGCGGCUCCGUUUAUGGGCCCAGCGUUCGGACCCUUGAUCGGCGGCUUCCUUGCCGACGCAACCAACUGGCGAUGGCUGUAUUGGAUUCAGAUCAUCGUCGCGGGCAUAAUGUGGAUCCUCAUCACCUUCACGGUACCCGAGACCUACACGCCCACCAUCCUCGCCCGCCGCGCGCGUAAGCUGCGCAAGGCUACGGGUAAGUCAUACGUUACCGAACACGACCUCGACAUGCGGCCGCUACGGGAGCGCUUGGCCAUCUUCCUCGUGCGCCCCUUCCAGCUGCUCUUUACCGAGCUCAUCGUGUUCCUCUUCAGCCUCUACAUGUCUAUCUUGUACGGAGUGCUGUACAUGUUCUUCGUCGCUUUCCCCAUCAUCUACCAAAAGGGCAAGGGGUACUCGGCAUCGAAGACUGGUCUCAUGUUCAUUCCGCUGGCAGUUGGGGUUCUAGCCUCCGGUCUUUGCGCCCCGCUGGUCAACAAACAUUAUGUUUCCAUCGGCAAGAGCAAGUACGGCGGCCGUCCACCCGCCGAAGCCCGCCUCUACCCCAUGAUGGCAAGCUGCUGGCUCAUGCCCUUAGGCCUAUUCAUAUUCGCCUGGACUUCGUACCCCCGUCUUUCCUGGGCCGGCCCCGCCCUCGGCGGCCUCCCCAUCGGGUUCGGGUUCAUCUUCAUGUAUAACGCCACCAACAACUACCUCGUCGACUGCUACCAGCACCAAGCGGCCAGCGCCUUAGCGGCCAAAGUGUGCCUGCGUGCCUUUUGGGGCGCCGGGGUGAUUUUGUUUACCGUGCAGAUGUAUGACAGGCUGGGGUAUCAGUGGGCUUCGUCCCUCGUUGCCUUCAUCAGCCUCGCGUGCUGUGCUAUCCCGUUUGCUUUCUUCCGGUACGGCGCCAAAAUUCGAGAGUGGAGCAAGUACGCGUACGCGGGUGACGACGAAGACGUGAUCGGUGCAGGGCCCUCAGAUAUAGAAAAUGGCAAGGAGAAGAAAGUGGACGGGUCGGGUGGUGGGGGAAUCACAGAACCUCGUUAA